AAAUUGCUAGCUAGUCUCGUUAGCUAGCUAAAGUUGCUGGUUUGAUGGCGGGUUGUGGUGCUUUAGGGCAACGUGUGAAUGUUUGUGGUGAAAAGGUGUUGGGUUGAGCCCCAGAGAGAGAUUAGCAACGAGCAGAAAGUGCUGCUGAAGAAAGAUUGACGGAGUUGAAAGAAGUCUUGGUGGAGCCGGAGGAAGAGAUGGAGGAUGAGCGCAGACUGCUGGAUUUCAGCCGGAUCCCCCCGAUCAUCUUACGCCGAAUAGAUUCCAAAAAGUAUUAUGUCUUUAAAGAUGAGGGGGUUCACACUGAGCUCAGCUACCAAGAGAGAAACUCCACUUUAGAUAAGAAGGAACCAGAACCUGGUAAGAUAAAAGAGGAGAAAGAGGAACAAGAAAAUCUACAGUUUAAAGAGGAAGAGAUGCAGCUCUGCAUCAGUCAGGCUGAAAAUCCACUUGGACUAAAAGAGGAGACUGACAUUUUAAUGAUUCCUUCUAAUGUGCAAAGACUCCCUACUGAAACAAAACAAAUCAUGAACAAAUUCAUCUUUCAGGCCUCCCCAGACGUUGAGAACCAGGAUCAGGAAGGAAACAAUGAAGAACCAGGAAAAAGGAGAGAAGAGCAGAAACAACAUGAGAGAUUUGAGAACACUAAAGGGCAGAAAGGCACUGCUGACAUUUCAAAACAGGAAACAAACAAAAAAACUCAAACUGACCAAAAGAUACAUUGUUCUAAAAUUGUUUAUAUAAAUAGUCUCAAGAGUCCAUACACAAGAACAGACGAGGCUAAAAAGCUUUUCUCAUGUAUGAGCUGUGGGAAACAGUUCCCUUCUAGAAGCUAUUUAAAAAUUCACAUGAGAACUCACACAGGUGAGAAGCCUUUCUCAUGUAUGAGCUGUGGAAAAAAGUUCACUCAUAGAAGUAAUUUUACCAUUCACAUGAGAACUCACACCGGUGAAAGGCCUUUUUCGUGUGAGGCUUGUGAAAAAGUUUUUUCAAGGAAAGAUCUUUUGGAACAGCACAUAAGGAUUCACACAGGCGAGAAGCCUUUUUCCUGUUUGAACUGUGGAAAAAGUUUUGGUCAAAAAAGAGAGUUAAAAAUUCACAUGACAAUUCACACAGGCAAUAAGCCUUUCUUAUGUGUUACCUGUGGAAAGAGGUACGGGAAUAGAAAUAGUUUAACUUAUCACAUGAUGACGCACACAGGUGAGAAGCCUUUCUCAUGUGUUACCUGUGGAAAAAGUUUUACUAAAAAACAGAAUUUGAUGUGUCACAUUGGAACUCACACAGGUGAGAAGCCUUUCUCUUGUGUGACCUGUGGAAAGAGUUUUACAAAAAAACAGAAUUUGGUAUGUCACCUUGGAACUCACACAGGUGAGAAGCCUUUCUCUUGUGUGACCUGUGGAAAAAGUUACAGGGAUAGAAAUGGUUUAACUUAUCACAUAAGAGCUCACACAGGUGAGAAGCCUUUCUCUUGUGUGACCUGUGGAAAGAGUUACAGUGGUAGAAAUAAUUUAACUUAUCACAUGAGAACUCACACAGGUGAGAAGCCUUUCUCAUGUGUGACCUGUGGAAAGAGUUACAGUGGUAGAAGUAGUUUAACAACUCAUAUGAUAACUCAUACAGGUGAGAAGCCUUUCUCGUGUGUGACCUGUAGCAAGAGUUUUGCACAAAAAGAGAAAUUGGUAUGUCACAUGAGAACUCACACAGGUGAGAAGCCAUUCUCAUGUGUGACCUGUGGAAAGAGUUUUACAAAAAAAGGGAAUUUGGCAUGUCACAUGAGAACUCACACAGGUGAGAAGCCAUUCUCAUGUGUUACCUGUGGAAAGAGUUUUACAAAAAAAGGGAGUUUGGCAAGUCACACGAGAACUCACUCAGGUGAGAAACCUUCCUCAUGUUGACCUGUAGUUAGAGUUUUACUAAAAAAUAGAAUUUGGUAAGUCAUGUGAACUCGCCCAGAUGAGAAGGCUUUCUCAUGUGUGACCUGUGGAAAAAGUUACAAAGAUAGAACUGGUUUAAUGUAUCACAUAAGAACUCACAGAUGAGCAGGACUACUCAUGGACAACCUUUAAAACAAUAUAUUUUGUGGUUUUUUUAGGGCUCUAUUGGCUCGCUUUUUAUGACAGUAGUCUGACAGGAAAGGCUGUGGAAAACGGGGAGAGACAUGCGGCAAAGGACCGUGGGUUGGAUUCAAACCCAGAACAACCUCGUCAAGGACUAAGGC